AGGAGGAAGAGGAGGUUGUGGCAGGUGGAAACGGGGACCUCUGUGGAUAUCAUCAUCGCCCUCCACCGGCUCAGCACCGACUGCACCUCCUGGCCGGUUACCGCUUCACUGCGGACACGCAGCGUCCCUCUGUCCACCCAGACGCUGCAGGUAUCGCUGUCUUCGUGGUGCUUUUGUUUUUACUCGGGUGAACCGUUUCCUCGUGUAGCAGGGAAACAUCGAGGAAAGACGCUGGCGGGAUAAAGCGGUGUCGUCACCCAUCCAGCGGCUGGAUAAAGCCAGUCUGAAAUAAACGGACCGAAACCAAAAGGUCUCCGGACGCGAUGGCUAAUGCCUCCCCUGACCUGGACAAUGCAGAAGCCCAGCGCCAGCUCAACAACAACAACCGGCCAAACAGCUCCGGGUUCUGGGAGACGGAGUGUACUAGCUCCAAGCUGUUUGAGUGUUCUCGCAUCAAGGCCCUGGCAGAUGAGAGAGAUGCAGUGCAGAAGAAAACAUUCACUAAGUGGGUCAACUCUCACCUGGCCAGAGUGUCCUGUCGCAUAUCGGACCUCUACAACGACCUGAGGGACGGGUACAUGCUCACCAGACUGCUGGAGGUCCUCAGCGGAGAGCUGCUGCCACGGCCUACGAGAGGUCGCAUGCGGAUCCACUGCCUGGAAAAUGUGGACAAAGCCUUGCAGUUCCUUAAAGAGCAGAGGGUUCACCUGGAGAACGUUGGUUCCCACGACAUUGUGGACGGAAACCAUCGCCUUACGCUGGGUCUCAUCUGGACCAUCAUCCUACGCUUUCAGAUCCAGGUGAUCAAAAUAAACACAGAAGACAACAGAGAGACGCGCUCUGCUAAGGAUGCUCUGCUGCUCUGGUGCCAGAUGAAGACCGCUGGCUACCCUGAAGUCAACAUCCAGAACUUCACCACCUGCUGGAGGGAUGGCCUCGCCUUCAGUGCCCUCAUACACAGACACAGACCUGAUCUAAUAGAGUUCCACAAGCUGACCCGGUCCAAUGCAACCCACAACCUUCAGCAAGCCUUUACCGUUGCAGAGCAGCACCUGGGUCUCACCAAACUCUUAGACCCCGAGGAUGUGAACACAGAGAACCCAGAUGAGAAGUCCAUCAUCACGUAUGUGGUCUCCUACUACCACUACUUCUCCAAGAUGAAGGCUCUGAUUGUGGAGGGGAAGAGAGUUGGCAAGGUGCUGGACAACUGUGUGGAAGCAGAGAAGAUCAUCAACCGCUACGAGGCUCUGGCCUCGGACCUGCUGGACUGGAUAGAGAAGACCAUCGCCAUCAUCAGCAACCAGAAGUUUGCCAACUCGCUGACGGGAGUUCAGCAGCAGCUGCAGGCCUUCACCACCUACUGCACUAUAGAGAAGCCCAUCAAGUUUCAGGAGAAGGGGAACCUGGAAGUCCUCCUCUUCACCAUCCAAAGUAAACUCCGAGCCAAUAACCAGAAGCCUUACGCGCCUAACGACGGGAAGCUCCUCUCAGACAUCAACAAGGCUUGGGAGUGUCUGGAGAAGGCGGAGCAUGAGAGGGGCGUGGCUUUGCGCAAGGAGCUGAUUCGUCAGGAGAAGCUGGAGCUGCUGGCUCAGCGCUUUGACCACAAAAUGACCAUGAGACAAGCGUGGCUCAACGAGAACCAGAGACUGGUGUCGCAGGACAACUUUGGCUACGACCUGCCAGCAGUUGAAGCAGCGAUGAAGAAGCAUGAGGCCAUUGAGGCGGACAUCGCCUCGUACGAGGAGAGAAUCGGCGUGGUCGUGGAGCUCGCCACAGAGAUUGAGAAGGAAGGCUACUACGACGUCCGGCGAAUUUUAGCACGUAAAGAGAACAUCCUGGGUCAGUGGAGCCUGCUGAAGGAGCUGGUGGCUGGCAGGAGGACUCGCCUGGAGAGGAACCUGGCUCUGCAGAAGACCUUCCAGGACAUGGUGUACAUGAUCGACUGGAUGGAGGAAACACAGGUCCAGCUGCUGUCCAAGGACUUUGGGAAGCAUCUUCUGGAAGUGGAUGACCUUUUGCAGAAGCAGAGUUUGCAGGAAGCGGAUAUCACUGUUCAGUCAGAGAGAGUGGAGACGCUCAACACUGCUGCGCUGAAAUUUACCACAAUAGAAGGUUACCAACCGUGUGACCCACAGGUGAUCUGUAACCGAGUCAACCACGUCUCCUCCUGCCUGGAGGAGCUGAAGCAGCUGGCAGCUAAGAGGCGCGCUGAGCUGGAGGAGUCCAGACUACUCUGGGCCUUUUUUCAGGAGCUGGAGGAGUCGGAGGCCUGGAUCCGGGAGAAAAGCUCCAUCCUGGCUGCCCAGGGCUACGGCAGAGACCUGAGCAGCGUGCUGAGGUUGCUCCAGAAACACAAAACUCUGGCUGGAGAGCUGCUGGCUCACCGCUCGCUGCUGCAGAACACCAUCAAGAGAGGGAAGCAGAUCCUGAGUGAGAAGAGCUUCGGCACGGUGGGCAUCCAGGAGCACAUCAUGGAGGUGAAGAGCCAGUGGAAGAAGCUGGAGGAUCAGGCCGCGCAGCAUCUCAACCACCUGCAGGAGGCGCUCAACUUCUUCCAGUUCUCCGCUGAGACUGACGAUGUGGUGGCCUGGCUGCAGGAUGCUUACCGCCUGGUCUCCAGCGAAGACUUCGGUCACGAUGAGUACUCCACUCAGUCGCUGCUGAAGAAGCACAAAGGCGUCACCGACGCCAUCGACAAACACCGCUUACAUGUGGUGGCGCUGCACAAACACUUGGUGGCUCUGCCUCUGCAGUACCGCGAUCAGGAGGAGGUGCAGGUGAGGAUGGGAGAAGUGGAGCAGCUGUAUACGGAGGUCGCAGAGGUCGCGGUGCUCAGGCAGCAGUGGCUUCACGACGCGCUGGCCGUCUACCGGAUGUUCAGCGAGGUCAAUGCCUGCGAGCUCUGGAUUGAUGAGAAGGAGCAGUGGCUGGAUAAGAUGGAGAUCCCGGAAAACCUGGAGGAUGUGGAGGUGGUGGCGCACAGGUUUGAGAGUCUGGACCAGGAGAUGAACAGCCUGAUGGGGCGAAUCUUGGAUGUGAAUCAGAUCGUUCAGCAGCUCCUGGAUGGAGGACACCCAUCUUCCACCGAGGUCAGAGGUUGUCAGGAUCACCUCAACUCCAGGUGGAACAGCAUCGUGGAGCUGGUGGAGCAGAAGAAAGACCAGCUGGGCUCCAUGCAGCGCCUGCAGAAUUACCUCCUGGAGUGUCAAGAGAUCAAGUCCCAGAUCCAGGAGAAGAGAAAAGCCAUCGACGCCACCCAGUAUGUGGGCAGCGAUCUGGGGGGCGUCCUGGCUCUGCAGAGGCGCCUCUCCACCAUGGAGGGAGCGCUGUCGGUGCUGGAGCCCAAACUGCUGCACCUACAGGAGGAGGCGGAACGUCUGGCCACUGCUCACUCAGCUCGUACCAUGGACAUUCUGCUGCCCUUUGAUGACAUCAGCGUGGAGUGGGAGGAGCUUAAACGGACCCUGCAGGGAUGUGAGGACUCACUGAUGGUAGCCAGCAGGCUGCAGAGUUUCAUACAGGACCUGGACUCGUUCCUCACCUGGUUGGUCCAGACUCAGACGGCCGCCGCCUCGGACCAGCUGCCCAACAACCUGGAGGAGGCAGAGAAGCUCAUCAACAAACACGCCGCUCUGAAGGAGGAGAUCGGACGGUAUGAGGAGGACUACGAGCGUCUGCAGACCAUGAACGAGCUGCUGGAGUCCGAGGACGCUCCCCUUCCGCAGGCCGCCCUGCAGCAAUGGCUUCAGAAGCUCGACGUCGGCUGGAAUAAGCUGCUGGAGAUGUGGGAGAGCCGGAGAGAAGUUCUGGUCCAGGCCCACAUAUUCCACCUGUUCCUGCGAGAUGUCAAACAGGCCGAGUCGUUCCUCAACAACCAGGAGUCGGCCCUGGCUCACGUGGAGCUGCCCUCCACGGUGGAAACAGUCGAAGCUGCGAUAAAGAAACACAAAGAGUUCACCACCACCAUGGAGCUGAACCUGCACCGGAUCAAAGCCGUGAUCGAAGCAGGAGAAAGUCUGAUCAGUCAGAGCAACAUCUACUCAGAGCGCAUCAGGGACCGCAUCGACACACUUGCCAACAGGGGAAACCAGAACAGGGAGCAGGCUCAGCGCUGGCUGGAAAAACUCAACGACCAGUGGGAACUCCAGAGGUUCCUCCAAGACUGUCAUGAGCUGGGGGACUGGGUGUACGAGAAGAUGCUAAUGGCGAGGGACAGCAGUCGAGACGAGACCCAGAAGCUUCAUAAGAAAUGGCAGAAGCACCAGGCUUUUAUGGCGGAGUUGGCCCAAAACAAGGAAUGGCUGGAUAAAAUCGAAAAGGAGGGCCAGCAGCUCAUCAAGGAGAAGCCAGAACUCAGCCUGGUGGUCCAGAGGAAGCUGGAGGAGAUCAGGGAAUGCUGGCAGGACCUGGAGAGCACCACUCAGGCCAAAGCCCAGCAGCUUUUUGAGGCCAACAAGGCAGACCUGCUGGUUCAGAGUUAUGAAAGCCUGGACCAGAGACUGGGCCAGCUGGAGGGUCAGCUGGUCUACGUCGACCAGGGACAGGACCUCACCACCGUCAACAAGCAGCUGAAGAAGCUACACGCCAUGGAAAGCCAGAUGGAGGAGUGGUAUAAAGAGGUGGGGCAGCUCCAGGUGCAGGCAGCCUCCAUCCCACAGCAGACGCAGGUUAACCAGACGGUUUCAGGGCGACAGGUCGCCGUGGAAACCAGGAUGGCUCGUUUGAUCGAGCCGCUGAAAGAGAGACGACGGAUUCUCCUUGCAUCCAAAGAGGUUCAUCAGGUUGGGCGAGAUCUGGAGGAUGAGAUUUUGUGGGUCCAGGAGCGCCUCCCGCUGGCCCUGUCUCAGGAGCAUGGCUCCACUCUGCAGGCUGUCCAACAGCUCAUGAAGAAGAACCAGACGCUUCAGAGGGAGCUGGAGGGCCACAGGAGCAGGAUUGAAGAUGUCUUGGAGAGGGCAGCGAUCAUCGCCUCCAUACGCAGCCCUGAGGCAGACUGCAUCCGGGUCGGCCACGACCAGCUGGCCCAGCUGUGGGACCUGCUGUGGGCCGAGACGGAGAGACGGCAGCUGGUUCUGGAUGCCAUGUAUCAGGCUCAGCAGUACUACUUUGACACAGCCGAGGUGGAGUCCUGGCUCAGCGAGCAGGAGCUGCACAUGAUGAACGAGGAGAAGGGAAAGGACGAACCCAGCACGCUGCAGCUGCUGAAGAAGCAUCUGCUCCUGGAGCAGACCAUCGAGGACUACGCAGAGACCAUCGGUCUGUUGUCCCAGCAGUGUCGACAGCUGCUGGAGAUGGGACAUCCAGACAGCGAGCAGAUCAGCAAGCGUCAGUCGCAGGUGGACCGUCUGUACGUGUCUCUGAAGGACCUGGUGGAGGAGAGGAAGAGCCGUCUGGAGCAGCAGUACUGGCUCUACCAGCUCCACAGGGAGGUGGACGAGCUGGAACAGUGGAUCGCUCAGAGGGAGGUGGUCGCCAGCUCGCCUGAACUGGGUCAGGACUUCGAACAUGUCACGGUCCUGCAGGAGAAGUUUACAGAGUUUGCCUCUGAGACGGGAGGUGUGGGGCAGGAACGAGUGACGGCCGUCAACCAGAUGGUGGAUGAGCUCAUCGACUACGGCCACUCGGAGGCCGCCACCAUAGCCGAGUGGAAGGACUGUGUGAACGAGGCCUGGGCCGACCUCCUGGAGCUCAUGGAGACCCGAGCUCAGAUGCUGGCGGCAUCGCACCAGCUGCACAAGUUCUUCUCUGACUGUAAAGAGGUUUUGGCUCAGAUCGAGGACAAACAUCGGAGGCUACCAGAGGUUCGGGCUCGGCAGGGGGGCACCUCCAACACCAGCACCCUGCAGAGACUCCUUCAGAGCUUCGAGCAGGACAUCCAGCUGCUCGUCACGCAGGUGCGCCAGCUGCAGGAAAGCGCCGCCCAGCUGAGGACGGUGUACGCAGGUGAGAAAGUCGAAGCCAUCGCGUGUCGGGAGCACGAAGUGAUGCAGUUCUGGAAGGAUCUGCUGACGUCCUGCGAAGAGUGUCGACUGCAGAUCACCACGGAAACGGACAAGCUACGGUUCUUCAGCAUGGUCCGAGACCAGAUGGCGUGGAUGGACUCCAUCAUCUGUCAGAUCGACACAGGAGAGAAGCCCAGGGACGUGUCCUCGGUGGAGGUGCUGAUGAACUACCACCAGAGCCUGAAGAGCGAAGUGGAAGCUCGCAGCCGGAGCACUCUGGAAUGCAUCGAGAUGGGAAAAACGCUGCUGGCUGCGAGGAAUCCUGCAGCCGAGGAGAUCAAGGAGAAGCUCGAACGGGUCAUCGCCAAACAACACGAGCUCACGGAGAAGUGGGACAAGCACUGGGAGGCCCUACAGCAGCUGUUGGAGGUGCACCAGUUUGCCCAGGAGGCCAUGGUGGCGGAGGCCUGGCUGACCGCUCAGGAGCCGCUGAUCAGCAGCAACGAGCUCGGAGCGAGCGUGGACGAGGUGGAGCAGCUCAUCCGUCGACAUGAAGCCUUCCGUAAAGCCGCCGCCACCUGGGAGGAGCGAUUCAGCUCGCUCAGACGGCUCACCACGGUGGAAAAGAUGAAAGCCGAGCAAAGCCAGCUCCCACCCACACCUCUGCUGGGUCGGAAAGUCUUCCUGGACCCUCAAGAUGCAUCACCCAGUCCUGUGACCCUGCCCCGCCUCCCCGUCUCCCCCGUCAUGAGACAGACCAUCUAUGAGCAGAAUGAAGCCAGCUCCCCCCCCUCCCCAUCGCCUGCCACACCCACACCUUCCCCGUCUUCUGUGGCUCGACGGCUGGGGUCCACGGCCGCCAACUACACGUCGGUGAUGAACAGCUCCGGUUACCGCCACACCCUGGACGUCCGGCACGCCGGUGUUGUGGGCGUGGCUGCAGGGCUGGGUCAGCCAGCCCCCUCCUCAAUCGCCUCUGUUGCCACAGCAGCCAUGUUAGUCUCAGCCAAUCAGAUGAGAGAAAAUGCCGGCGCAGCCAGAGAACAGGUCACUAAGGUGAUGAGUCAUCUGCAUCCGGGGCAGGCAGGCAGGGAGCUGGAGGUGAAAUCCUCCCCGUAUCUACGGCAACCCAAAAUCAAACACCUGGAUGACGCCGUGACGCCGCUGAUCGUUGCCAGUCGACUGGAGAAAGUGCGGGAGAGGGGGAGGGAAAGGGACUCGAAGAUGGGUGAGGUAGGAACAGAGAGGGUGGAGGUGGCGGUGAUGGCCGAGGUGGUGCUCCAGGAGCCAACACGAGAGCGUCUGCACAGCGAGCCCACCAGAGGCCCGCGUGGAUCCAGGGCAGACAUCUUUGGCCAUGCGGAGCCACAAGUCCAGACGCACACAUAUCACCGAGAUCACAGGAUAGAGCGGCACGUGUCCAGCGAGCAGCUGAUCCAGGCUCGCCGGGACGAGUUACCUCAGGAGGUGUGGCGGGAGCAUGCAGAGAGGAGAGAGAAACGGACGCUGGAGCGGCAAACGUCCAGCGAACAGGAAGCCCACGGGGGCCAUGACGGCCGGAGGAGAGAGAGGGACCGGCACCGGCUAGAGAGACAGGGGUCCAGUGAGAACGACAUCGGGAAGGAGCAGUCGGACAGGCGCUCCGCAGGAGGAGAAAAAAGGUCCACCAUGGCCGAGAUAGUGGAGCAACUCCAGGAGAGAGAGGCAGCACAGGCUCGUGGUGAGGUGCCCCUCCUGCCCAACGGCUUACCAGAGAAGUCUUCCCGUCCCGACAGGCCUCGGGCCCGGGACAGACCCAAACCGCGACGCAGGCCGCGUCCCAAAGAGCCGGGAGAGACCACGCGGAGGUCCAGGUCCGCUCCGGCUCAGAGCAGCCCGGCGGUCCCCCAGCCACCAACACACACAGUGCACCACGAGGGCUUCCUUUUCCGCAAGCUGGACAUCGAGAGCAUGAAGAAGAGCACCAACAGCAGGUCAUGGGUCAACCUGUACUGCGUGCUGAACAAGGGGGAGCUUGGCUUCUACAAGGAUGCCAAGAGCACCACCUCGUCCUACAACAACGAGCCCCUGCUCAGCCUCUCCCACUGCCAGUGCGACGUCACCAACGGGUACAAGAAGAAGAAGAAUGUCUUCACUCUGAAAACAAAGGAUGGCAGUGAGUUUUUGUUUCAUGCAAAAGAUGAGGAGGACCUGAAGGCGUGGGUCAGCAGCAUCACCACCAGUAUUUCGGAGCACGAGGAGAUUGCCAAAUGGGGUCAGCCCCAACCAACUACCUCAUCCACCGACGAGGGGACACGGCGAGACGGCAGCAAGGUGGACAACAGGUCGGAGCGAGGGGGCGAGCACUCGGACCGGGAAGACCGAAUAGAGCGAGCGGACAAAGAAAAGGAGAGAGGAGAACGGUCGGAGAGGUCAGAGCGAGGCGGAAAGUCGGACACUAAACGCUCUGAGAAGUCCAGUAAGAAGAAGUGAUCCUCCUGAUGCUUUGGGAUUAAAAUGUCAGAAGUGUGGUUGGGAGGCGGGGCCACAGACAGCAGGUGGAGUCCCGCCCCCACCUCCUCCUUCACUCCACCACUGACCUCCAAACAGCUGUUGGGGUGGAAAGUGAAGGAUAGACCCCGGCUCGUUCCUCAGACGGACAUGAAGGAUUUGAUUUGGAGCAGGAGACCUUUUUUCUUCUCUGUCUCUGUUGUAGCACACAGAGCCAAUGACUCCCCCUGGUGGCUGUUUCAGAGAACUGCAGAGGGCGGGGCUAUGGGCAGCAUCACUAACUCAAAGGCUGUUACUGAUCGCUGGCAGCGUGGUAAAAGUAGCUCAUCCUGUUGCGUGUUUGUUUAUUUCCUCUGAGACGAGCCGUAUGCGUGCGGUUUUCCUGUCUGUCUGUUCCACCGUGUCUGUCUGUCAGUGAGGUGAGACAGGCUGCACUAUCUCACCUAACCCCCAACAGUUCAACAGAAAAAAAAGAUGCCAAAACACACAAAAGUUUCCUCUGAGUCAUCCGGCGUGUUGCUGUGAGGAAAAGCGUCGCUGAUGUGAACGCAUCGUGAAAAAAGCUGCGUCAUUCUGCCUUCUGGUUCUUGUAAGGUUGAUGGUUUAAAACUAACGAGAAGGAUGAAAAAGGAACGAACCCAAAUAAGUCCGAGCCUCCCAGAAAGAAUCUAAAUAAUCACAUUUAACGACUGGGUCUUCGUUUUCAUCAUCUAGUUUAUUCUGAUUUCCAGGGCCUCGUUGAUCAGGAGAUGUUUUUGUUGCCUUUAGCUGAUAAAGAAACACUCACACUGUUUAUACUUUUAUACCGAUAAAGUUACUUGAACUUCAUUGUAACCUGCUUCUCUUUGGUCAUAAGCACAAAAUCUGGCGUCUUUUUUUAAUGAAUGAGACCUUCUGGAGCGGAACGGCAGCUCCUGUCUCCCUGAGACAUCAGACUACCGAGUUUUGGUUCUGGUUGUUGAAUCUGAUUUAGAUGUGAAUAGAAAACACAAGAAUCUGGUGUGUGGCGUGUACUGCUGUACUCUGCUCCCGGGUCCGUAGCCCUCAGGUUCGGCUGGCGUCCGUGUUCUUCACACGGAGAUGUUCGUCCCCUCGAGAAGCCGCCUCAGUCUUCCAGACACGCCCAGUCACGCAAAAACUUUACCUGUUAAUCCAUCCUCCAAAGACUGAACAUCAGAAAGGAUCUCAUCUUAAAUGAUGAUAACUGACCCGCACUUGUACAGCGCCUCUCUGAGUAAGGACACCCGUUCACGCGCUGGUGGCGAUGAGCUACGAUGUAGCUACAGCUGCCCUGGGGCGCGCUGACUGGCGAGGCUGCCGAGCACAGACGCCACCGGUCCCUCCGACCUCCACCAGGCAUCUUAGGCGUGUUCUUGCUGUGUCGUAUCUCUAAUUCCAUGCUGUAGUUCUUUUUUAAAACACAGAGCAGUUUUGUUUACCUUGUUUUCCCGCUACGAUUCGUUUGAGGCAGCAAACUUCCUCAGGCUGGCGCUCGCGUCAGCCUGAGGAAGUUUGCUGCCUCAAACGAAUCGUAGCGGGAAAAAGGUAAACAAAACUGCUGUCUCCACCAGGCAUCUUUAGCAUAAAUAACAGAACGUCUCAAACUUCAUGAGCUGCUUGAAAACGAAGCGCUGACUCAUCGAGGCUCGCCGUUCUGCUUCUGCAUUUCAGCUGCUUUCACUCACAAAACGUGUCUCAUUAGCAGGUUAACGACUAGAGCAUCAAAACUCCAAUAUAUUGACCUUUUAUUUUCCAGCCAAAGGCAGUGUUCGGGUCUAUGGAGCGUGCUUCUGCGGAGCGAUUCUGAACAGCAUACAUCUCACCUGCUGCAGGAACCACUUCAGUCUGGACAAGAUCAGAUUAGCUCAGAUCAAACAGACGAGCUAGCAGCUAGUUACUAUGAGGUCAGUUACAUAACAUGUUCAUUUAGAUAAUAAUAUAGCACUAAGUUGCCCUUACUGUUUUAUUUGUGUUGCCAUACAUUUCAAAUUCAGCAGUUUUUCUUGCAGUUUUGCAGAGAUGAGAACUGUGGGAUCAACAAGUCGUCUCCAUGUCGUGAUUUUGUUCUGCUCAGCAACAGAACCAGGUCCAUUCACUGUGCCGACUGAAAUCACCUGAUUCAGUUGCUGAGCUGAACAAAAACACGACAUGGAGACGACUUGUUGAUGCCACAGUUCUCAUCUCUGCAGUUUUGUGAUGAAAUUACAGCCAGAGGAGCUACAGCAGCUAGUGGUGAGGGUCAUGAUCACGUAAUGUGCUAAAAUGUAUGAAACAGUAUUCGUAUAAACAGCUGUUACCUUUGGAUUAGCUGCUUAAAGCAACACAAGCAUGUUAGCUUGUCUGUCCCGUCAGAACUAAUCUCCAUUUCUCUUAACUGAGGUUGUUUAGCUCCAUCCAUUUAUUUGCCUAGAUGUUUUAGAUGAUGCUCUGAUUUAUAAAAACAAAUUCAGAAUAUUUUGUUUUGUAUGUUUCUGCUGCAUGUGAGUCGGAUUAAAGUAGAUUAAAACAUGGUUACCAGGCGGAUUAACCUGUUUCAGUUGGACUUUAAAGGCAUAUUUUUGCUAUAUUUAUACACUGAUAAAUGCACUCGUUGUUUUUAGGUUUCCAAAGCCUCAAAGUCCCUCUGAGAUGUUUGAAAUCAAAAGCAGAGUUGAUCAUUUUAGGCUUGUGACCAAAAAUCAGCUGUUUGUUUUGUCUCAUUACGUCUUCAAACCUUCAGACUUCUUAAGCCGAUCAAAACGUGUCUCGCUUGUUUUUGUUUUUCCAUUUUGUGCAUCAGCAUUAGGAGUGUAUGCCAAAUCAAUGCAAACAUUUACAUGCAUGUUGGACACAUGAACACGGAUGAGAAUGAGCAGAAGUCCCAUGCCACACGGUGGAAACAUGCUGCAGGCUAGCGCUAAUUUAAACCAUCUGACACCGUUUUUAUUUAUGAACCGACACAUUUAAACGUCACAACGGGCUGAAAAGUGUUUGGAUUUGGUUUUGGAUGAGCCCUGCCUGACUGUGUCUUUACUGUCUGUUCACAUGGGCCUGUCAGCCGCAGAUAUGAUGACAAAUAAAUGCUUUUUGAUUUAUCA